AUGAAGAACAAAACUAGCAGCUCUCCAGUGAGUGGGAGGAGACGUUUGUGGUCAUGGCAACACUAUCUGAAGCAGCAGAACGCCCAAGCGGCUCCCCUGGAGAUCUUUACGCAGUUUCAGGGAUUUCCCACCAAAAAGAGUGCCUUCAAAGUCGGAAUGAAGCUGGAAGGAAUCGACCCGCUGCAUCCUUCCAUGUUUUGCGUCAUGACUGUUGCCGAGGUGAUCGGCUGUCGUCUGCGCGUCCAUUUCGACGGCUACCCGGAGUGCUACGACUUCUGGGUCAACUUCGACUCGGCCGACAUCCGACCGGCGGGCUGGUGUCGCCGCGUCGAACGCAGGCUCCACCCACCCAAAGGUUACAGUGAGAGCGAUUUCGAUUGGUCGUCGUACCUGCGGUCCACCGGAGCUCAGGCCGCACCUCCCGAGAUUUUCCCCUGUCGCGCGGCGGUCAGUAAGCCGACGUCCUCGUGCGACUUUCAGGUGGGCAUGAAGUUGGAGGCGGUGGACCAAAAAAAUCCGAGCCUGGUGUGCGUGGCGUCGGUGGCCGACGUGGCGGACGAUCGCGUUCUGGUCCAUUUUGACAACUGGGACAACUCGUACGACUACUGGUGCGAUAGCGCCAGUCCUUUGAUCCGUCCCGUCGGGUGGUGCGAGGAACACGGACGACCUUUGACCGCGCCGCACGGUCACCCCGAUCCCGAGAACUUUACCUGGGAGGAAUACCUGCGAGAUUCGGGUUUCAAAGCUGCCCCGAGAGCGGCUUUUACCACGAGAGCUCCGCACGGUUUUCGGAUCGACCAAAGACUGGAAGCGGUGGAUAAGAGGAACCCCGUGCUGAUUCGAGUGGCCACCAUAACGGCGAUCGAAGAGCACAGAGUCAAGGUGCACUACGACGGCUGGUCUCAUCAUUUCGACGCGUGGUGCGACGCCGACCUGGCCGACCUCCAUCCGGCGGGUUGGUGUCAGCGCACCGGUCACCCGCUGGAGGCGCCUCCGGACUGGUCGGCGUCCCCCUCGCACUCUCAGGGCGCGUGUCCCACGUUGGGCUGCCGCGGAGUGGGGCACAUCAAAGGAGCCAAAUACAACGGACACCACAGCGCCUUCGGAUGUCCGUACUCGGAGAUGAAUAUGCGCAAGGAGCCGCUGCUUCCCGAUCGGCUCGGCGGAGCCGUCGCUCAUCAAGCCGGCGACCGUUCGGAAGGCAGGGAGAGCGGCGAGGUGACCGCAGAGUCCGGCGAUUCCCCUUUGGCCAAAAGAAGAAGAACGUCAGACAGGAAGUCCAAGUUCCCGCAGGUCAAACAGGAAGAGGCGGAACUUAAUAUUCCGGCCCGCGGUCCAGAGUUCCUCCAUCAGUCGGUCUUCCUGUCGUCGGCCCCGACCGCCCGCGACCCGUCGCUCUGCUGGGAGCAACACCGUAAACUUCUGCCGGGGGUCACCAGGGUCCGCGCCGGCGCCGUCCGCCGCUGGAGCGUGCGGCAGGUGUGCGCCUUCGUGGAGUCGCUUCCCGGUUGCGAGGACUCGGCCAAACAAUUCGACGACGAGCAAAUUGACGGGAAGGCCUUCCUUCUCCUCACUCAGCGAGACAUCGUCAGUAUCAUGUCCAUCAAACUGGGUCCCGCCCUCAAGAUUUACAAUUCCAUCUUGAUGUUUAAACACGAGGAAUGCGACCAAGACCAAGAGAAUCCGUCGCGCGGCGCCGACCGAAACCCGUCGCCCGAGAACUCCACGCGGGACGAAGACGAGAGCCGGUCGUCUUAUGAAGACGAGAAGCUAGUGGGGGAUUUGACCGAGAGCCGAGCAGGUCAGGAAGACCUGGAUCGAAAUUGUGAUAUUAACAAGAACCGGUCAGAUCGCCACCAUCGUGAAGAUGAGACUGACAAAAACCGAGACGGGAACCAGUUACUGAACAGGAAGCGGUCAGAUGAUGAUCAAAAACGGGAAAUUGACAGGAACCAAUCAGACAACGAAAAAAAGCCUGACCUGAUCAAGAAACAACCACCGGAGGACGAGAAGCAAUUAUAUCACAAGGACAUUGAUUCAAAACCUGAGAUUGACAUGAACCGUUCGAAUGAGAUGGAGACGCCGUCACGUGACCUGAACACAAGCCAAACACGAGACGACAAUAACCGUCCUUCAUCAGACGUCCAUCGCAAACGAGUCGCUGACGAGAACCGAGGAACCGAUGAAGACGAGGAGACAUUAGGCGACGGAGACAAAAACCAAGGAAACGGACCGUCUCGUGAAGACGAGAACCGAAAAGCUGAUUCGGGUGACGCAAAUCAGAAGCAAUCAGGUGAGGACGUGGACGCUCGUUAG